UUAUAAGCCUACAAUAUUUUAAGACGUAUAGGAAGCGCGAAAUAGAACUACGCAUGCGCAAGAAGUUUUACUUUGGGGAAAUAAAUUGUACCGGUAUCGUCUGUUCACUUCGCGUUUAUCACGUUUUUGUGACAUUUUAGACUCGUUUUUGAUUCCAAAUACGUGUUUUAUUUACUUAUUUUAUCUUUUUACUAUUUACCUUAUAUUUCCAUACGAAUGGAAAAUAUAAACUCGUAGUUCGUGUGUAUUGAAAGCACGCAUGCGCAAAAGACAUCCGCUGUAUUUAGUUUGACGGGAAAUGUAGUUUUAUCGGAGUUAAGCUUUUAGAGAGAGAAAACGGAGGGACUCAUAAUCCCAGAAGCGUUUUGUUGUGCUGUAUUUGUGCCGUAUUAUCCACAUUGGUCUGGAAAGAGAGAGAGCGAGAGAAGUGUGUGUGUGUGUGUGUGUGUGUGUGUGUGUGUGUGUGUGUGUGUGUGUGUGUGUGUGUGAGAGAGAGAGAGAGAGAGAGAGAGAGAGAGAGAGAGAGAGUGUUUGUGUGUGUGUGAGAGUGAGAGAGCGAGACAGAAAGAGAGAGAGUCUGCUAUAAUGGGAUAUGCAUGAACAGGAUGGAAAAGUUUUCGGGCUGAGAAGUUGGAAAACCUGAGUGCAUAGACUUAAGUGUAAAACAUUUAAAAACAUCAUCAAGACCCUGAGAGCUUUAUAUGGCACCCAUGGGGGAUUGUAUAUAGAUAAAAAGUAGCCCAUGGUGGAAUUUUUUUCAUCUCAACGAAGGAAACCGCCCUUUGAAAGUGAUCCUGGAUGUUGUCAGAGUGCAAGAGCUGGAUUUACAUUUUUCACUUUAAUUUUUAAAUCAAAGAACAAUGUAGAUGUAAAAAAACAAACAAAAAAAACAUUAAAAUGUGUUGUUAUCGACUGUGAAAGCAGGACCUGAGACAUGCUGGACGGUUCCCGACGUGAUAAGUGUUGAAAAACAAGGCGAAAGUGUGCAAAUGUCCUCCUUGGGCAGUUCGUCCCCUCCGUCCUUCCCGAGACCGUUUCCCGUCCCCGCGCAUCCCGCCGCCCCACUCGCGCAUUCGUCCUCGCUCUCCACGAGCCCCCCUGCCACGCUAUGUGGACGACUGUCUAACGGCAGCACGAGUGCCCCGAGCCCGACCCACUCCCGUGAAUCCUUCCACGGCGUGUCCUUCCUGCUACAGAUUGGCCUCACCAGAGAAACGGUGAAUCUGGACCCCUCUGAUGUGUCCUUGUCGGCGGUCAAAGAGCUCGUGUGCUCCAUCGUGGAUCAGAAGUUUCCAGAAUGUGGCUUUUUUGGCAUGUACGACAAGAUCAUGCUCUUUCGUCAUGACCUGAACUCGGAGAACAUCCUGCAGAGGCUCACCUCUGCUGACGACAUCCACGAGGGAGAUCUGAUCGAGGUGGUGCUCUCAGCUCUUGCCACUGUUGAGGACUUCCAGAUCCGUCCUCAUGCUCUGUAUGUGCACUCCUACAAAGCCCCGGCGUUCUGCGAUGACUGCGGCGAGAUGCUGUGGGGCCUCGUGCGGCAGGGUCUCAAGUGUGAAGGAUGUGGGCUUAAUUACCACAAACGAUGUGCUUUUAAGAUCCCCAACAACUGCACUGGAGUACGAAAGAGACGCCUGUCUAAUGUGUCCCUGCCUGGACCCUCUCUGUCCGUCCCUCGUCCUCCGGUCAUUGAGAGCGUUGUCACGUCACCUGAGGAGCAGAGACCGUUGUUGGAAGCAGGAAAACGGAUCCCGUCCUGGAGCGGCCGGCCCAUCUGGAUGGAAAAGAUGGUGUUGGGCCGAGUCAAAGUGCCACACACCUUCAACGUGCACACGUACACACGACCCACUAUCUGCCAAUACUGCAAACGUCUGCUCAAGGGCUUGUUCCGUCAGGGCAUGCAGUGCAAGGAUUGCAAAUUCAACUGUCAUAAAAGAUGUGCGUCGAAAGUGCCGAGAGACUGCCUGGGCGAGGUCGUGUUUAACGGAGAGCCAGCCAGCCCAGGGAUCGACUCUGAGGUCACAAUGGAGGUGGACAGCAGUGAUGUGAAUAGCGAGAGCAGUCGAGGAAUGGAUGACCCAGAGGAGGCGAACACUCCAGAGGACAUGGAUGCUCACUUCAUGGAUGGAGAAAAGGACGAGGAAACGGUGAAAACGAUCAGUCCCUCCACCAGUAGUAACAUCCCUCUGAUGCGUGUGGUUCAGUCCAUCAAACACACCAAGAGACGCAGCUCCACCUUGGUAAAGGAAGGAUGGAUGGUGCACUACACCAGCCGAGACAACCUGAGAAAAAGACAUUACUGGAGGCUGGACAGCAAAAGUUUGACCCUUUUCCAGAAUGACUCUGGAGCCAAAUACUACAAGGAGAUCCCGCUGUCAGAGAUCCUGCAGGUGGAGCUGGCACAGGACUUCAGUAGCCUUGCGCAGGGAGGAAAUCCACACUGCUUCGAGAUCAUCACGGACAACAUGGUGUAUUACGUAGGGGAGAACACGGGCAUGCAGCACACCAGCGCCAUGCUUGCAGCAUCUGGAGUUGGUCUGGAGGUGGCACACGCCUGGGAGAAGGCUAUUCGCCAGGCCCUGAUGCCCGUCACCCCUCAGCCCAGUGUGUGUAGCAACCACGGCCAAGGAAAAGACCAUAAAGAGCUGUCCAUCAGUAUCUCCGUAUCCAACUCACAGAUUACAGCAAAUGUGGAUAUCAGCUCCGUCUACCAGAUCUUCGCUGACGAGGUCCUGGGUUCGGGACAGUUCGGGAUCGUGUAUGGAGGCAAGCACAGAAAAACAAAAAGAGACGUCGCUAUUAAGGUCAUAGACAAGAUGCGUUUCCCCACCAAGCAGGAGAGUCAGCUACGGAAUGAAGUAGCCAUUUUACAGAAUCUGCACCACCCAGGCAUCGUAAACCUUGAGUGCAUGUUUGAGACUCCUGAGCGAGUGUUUGUUGUCAUGGAGAAGCUGCACGGAGAUAUGCUGGAAAUGAUCUUGUCCAGCGAUAAGAGUCGACUUCCAGAACGACUCACUAAAUUCUUAGUGACUCAGAUUUUGGUGGCUCUGAGACACCUCCAUUUUAAGAACAUAGUACAUUGUGAUUUGAAGCCUGAGAACGUGCUUCUGGCAUCGGCAGAACCUUUUCCACAGGUGAAGCUGUGUGACUUCGGCUUCGCCCGCAUCAUCGGGGAGAAGUCGUUUAGACGCUCUGUUGUUGGCACACCGGCGUACCUGGCUCCUGAAGUGCUGCGUAGUAAAGGCUACAACCGCUCUUUGGACAUGUGGUCAGUAGGCGUCAUCGUCUACGUGAGUUUAAGUGGCACCUUCCCCUUUAACGAGGACGAGGACAUCAACGAACAGAUCCAGAACGCUGCCUUCAUGUACCCGCCCAACCCCUGGAAGGAAAUCUCUGAAGAAGCAAUUGACUUAAUCAACAACCUGCUUCAAGUGAAAAUGAGGAAGCGCUUCAGUGUGGACAAGUCUCUCAGCCAUCCCUGGCUUCAGGACUAUCAGACAUGGUUGGAUCUGCGGGAGUUUGAGACGAGGCGAGGCGAGCGCUACAUUACCCACGAGAGCGACGAUGCACGCUGGGAGGAAUACGCCGACGAAAGAAGUCUCCCCUAUCCCAAACACUUCAUCAUGGCUCCCAACUUGGAGGAUAUGGAGGAGGACCCCUAGAGGCCUAGAGAUUUACAUAUGAACAUCACAGGAGCUCUUUUCCCUUAAUAAACUGCUCACUCAGCCAAGUGUACAGACUGGCAGCUUUAAAUAGGGAGAGUGUAAAUGAUCUGCCGGAUGAAGCACACUUAGCGUGGACAGGCAGUGAUUAGGAACGUGUGAAGAGUAACUCUGCGCACAGGGACAUGGCGUAUGCUUUCAGGUUGUUUAUCUUUUUUGUAACAUUCCAGAAACGUGACUUAAUGUUUGCAGCCCACUCACCGCAUUUAAAAAAAAAAUCCAGCGUUUUGGAAUGAACUGUAACAACCAAUUGCACUGCCAUUUCUCCCACCUUAGACGAUGACGAUGAGAUGGGAACGAAAAAAUAACUGGUGGACAUGGGAACUCUGGAGCCUCCAGAGCGAUAUUUUUCUACUUUUAUUGAGUCACACACUUUGGAGCAUUUUACACCAGAAUAUUUUAAUAUGUUAGGUCUUUUUUUUUUUUUUUUUGCAGAUGAAGUGAUUCUAAACUGGAAGACAAAGCUUUAUGCAGUUGGACUAUUUGGUGAAAUGAAGAGAAUGCAUAUAAUGAAGUCAUUGCAAAUAUCAAUGAUUUGUGAUAAAGUUCAGAGAUUAAUGACAUGUCUGAGAUGGAGCUACAGAUUUGACUUCAUGAGUAUCUCUAUUUCCAUCUCUAGUUUUUUAACUGAAAUCCACGGAUUCAGUGUUUCAUUUUGAUAUAAAUGUGAAAGUUUUUGUGUCUGAUGUCUUCUGGAAUGUGCUAAAAGCAAGUAGUAAAAUAUUAGUCUAUGGCUGGCAUUUCAGAAAUAAAUGCUAUGAAGGAAUAAGCAAAUGAAGAUAAGCCUGAGAAUCAGCCACUUUAAACACUAUUGGAUUGAAAUCAGAUGAUAUCAGAUGGUGUGUGAUCUGAAAAUUCCUAAAUACCGAGAAGACUUGGGACAAAGAUUGUGGCUGUUUUUAUGCGCUGUUUUUAAGACUUUCAUCUUUAUUUUUAUUUUUAUUAUGUAAUUUCUAAAAUGUUGCUAAUUCUCACAAACUGAACCUUUUGCCUAACACUGUUCCUCACAUGAGCCUCAGAUUGAACUGAGAUGCUCUGAGAUGCUUCUGAUUUUUAUUUUGUUGUUUUAAAAAAUUCAUUCCAGAAUUUGAAACUUACACAUUUGAAUUUUAAAAUAGUUAUCUAUGACAGAAAGACACAUCAGUUAUCCUAACAAGCUGUGUUUUAUUUCUUUAUUUCAUGUGAACGCAGGUUAAGCAGGACUUUCCUCCAGCUUUUGCAUUCAGCUUUCCCAGUUCCCAAAAUUCAAAAUGAAAUCUUUUAUUUUAAAGUCACAAUAACCUUGAUAAAAACAUUUUUUUUAAUUAAUUCCUGUCAAAAGUCAACUUCUGAUGUAGUGAAACCAUGACAUUUGUAUUCUUGCAUCAUGAAACGUAAGAGCCAAUCCGGUUCUGGUAUGCAAAUACAGGCAAAAAAACACUGGUACAUGAUUCAUGUUAAUAAAAUCUGGAUAUUUAUAAGGGAAUGAUUAUGUUUCCAAUAUCAAUUUUUUUUUCUGUUGAAGACGUCAAGCUGUUUAUUUUUUAGUAUACAAAUGUUAUGUUCAUAGCCAGGUUUUGGGUUUCUUACUUAACGAGUUUUGGCCAUCAGCUACAAAUGUGGUGCCUGAAAAUACAUAGUUUCACUUGGUGGUAUGAUUUUAGCACAAAAUGAACUAAAAAAUAUCAGAACCAAAAUAUAAAAAUAAAGAAUUUUUUGAAUUUAAUCUAAACAUUCGAUUCAACCUUCAAAACCGAGCCAAACUGUCCUUACUGAUGUUUAUCAGGCGUGACAUCAUGUGCUACGUAAUAAUAAAGAAAUCUGAAUGCUGCUACUGGUUUUAGCUCUAUAACAUUGCAUUGUUCACUUUCAUAUCAGUGUCAGAAUCCAUAAGCAAAUCUGUUACAGAUGGUAACAACUCAACAUGGUUUGAGGUGACAUGGCAGUUUGUGCAGUGCUAAACUGAUAACCUUUAUGUUUAAAAAAAAAAAUUGUUAGCAACAUUAACAUUGGGAAUAAUUGUUUAUGUCACAUUUGUUGACUAUUUUAAUAUAUUAAGUCUAUUUUAAUGCCUAUUUAAUGUGUUGAAUUCUGGGAAUUGUGGAGGAUGUGCAAAGUGGUUUAGAAACAAACAAAAUAUUGCUGUUGUUGUCUUUCUGUACUGAUAACAGUUUAAUUCAGAAUGUCCUUCUUUGCAGCCAAUUCAAUUUCCAUGCUGUUGCACAUUCGUAAUUGGAAUGGAAGCCUUUACUGAUAAAGCAAAAUUCAGAGGGGAUCAAAGUUAGAUGGAUAAAUAGAAUACGCCUUUGAUAAUUCACUAGGGGAAAAUGAGAAGGUUUGGAAGAAUCCUAUAUUUUCAUAUAUCAAGCCUUUGUGAUAUGCUGUAGAGAGAUGAAUUAUGGACUUGCCACCAUAUUUUUAUAGCAUGUAACAUUAAUGACGUGAUCCUGAGAAUCUGUUAGUCCAUUUCGCCACUGGGCCGGCAGCAAUCGUUGUUUUUUUUAUAUUUUUAAUAUUCACAUAUCUAAUAAAAUCUUCGUCAGUACAACUUU